ACGCACAAAACAACUUCCGUCCAUCUUUACAACAGAUCCAUCACAUUCCACAGAACGUACGGUUGAUUCUUUCUCCCCUUCCUCAUCAUACAUCGCGCCACAGGAACACCGCACACAGUUCGGAACUCUGAACACACCGCCAAUAAUAGAAGAUCGCCCAGCCAGCGCCAGUUACCGUCACCAUCAACUGUUAGCUUGAUUUUCGCUUCAUCAGCACAUCACUCCUUUCCUAUCCUUCCUUUGUUCCUAAUGGAUGUCUGGAUACAAUAACACACCCAGAAAAUCCCAUCUCCAUUUCACGGCAGCCAGUGCCUAUCUCUCGAAUACACAUCCACGCCCCGCACAAACAAAACACAGCAGCGGCGCACAACGGUCCAUCACUCCAGACCGCCCCCACUCCCGUCAUCUACCUUUUUCAAACCCUUCCCCUCAUCAUGGACCAGCCUCCUAGUCCACGUGGCGGUUCUGUGCAUUCAAUCCCAAUACCCGCCUAUUCUCCCUUGGACACUCAAUUCAACGCCAUAGCUGGGCCUAGCUCGGAGGGUGCUAUAUGCAGACGGUCGGAUGAGCUAGACGCGUCAAGCCAGCCUUUAUCGCCUUCAUCGGCGCCCUCAAUCCCCUCGGCCAUUUCUGUGACCCAUCCACCACAGUUUAUUCAUACCCAUCACCCGCGCCGAGGAUCGUUGACACCUUUGGGACUCAACAUUAUAUCUCCAGUCCCUCCUCAAGCUCUACGAGAGCGGGAAAAUAUCAACCCUACGAGAAAUGUAGGGUUCCACCCAAACUAUAGCCCCAAGCAGUCUUUUCUCGCCACGGCAACUGCAUUUAAUGCUGGAGCUCCGUCAUCCGCUGGGCUGCAACAAUCAAACAGGCGUAGUUCAGCCGCAAGUACGGCAUCUAGGUUGAGCCUGUCUCGCCCGCCCAUCGCACACGCAUCUCAUUCGUUCUGUCCACUUAACCAGCACCCUGGUCGACGACGUUCCUCUUUGACCCCAUCUAUAUCAACCCUUGCUCCACCUUCUCCAACACAUACCCAUGCUAAUGGAAUUUCAUUCCGUCCAACAAGCAACGAUGAGGGUAGACACCCAGCUCAUGCUGAUUCUGCUAUCGGCUUCCUUGAGCUGAUGAACAAGGGGGGAAAUUAUGUGCGGAGAGGCAGUCUGCCUCAUAUCGGCCAUCGAGGCUGGGCUGGUCAUUCUCAACGUGUCUGGAACCCGAUUCUACCACCGCCACGUGGGUCGGUCGGCAAGGACGAUUCUGGAGAACUACCUAUUGAGAACUUCAGAUUCGGUUCCGGUAUAUCAUCCACAAUCUCUACGCCCCGCUCUGUGUCUCAACUUGGAAGUGAUCGACGUCCUUCUGAGUCAAAGAGGAGGGAAGAUAUGAGCGUUUUUGAACAAGCGGAGGCAGAGGAAGCUGAACGUCAGCGAAGAGCUUUUUUGGCUGCGACUUAUGGCGCAGAUGGACGCCGGGCACGCGAAAGGUUAAGUAUCGGUGGCCAGAGUAUAAAUUCGGGGCAAGGCAAAGGUUUGAGGCGACAGAGUCUGAUGCUUUGGGAAAGUAUGGGGAUGUUCAGAGGAAGUGGUGAUGAGAGUGCGGUAUCUGCUCCUGUUGGUCCGAGCCGAAGCGCAAACGCGACGGGUCUGCUAUCUGGAGAAGACGAAGUACCACUGAGAAGAGGGAGUUUACCCGUUGCUAUUCCUGGAACUUUGGAAAGGAGUGCUUCUCGGCGCCAGAAAAAGGAAGCAAAUGGAGGGAAAGAACGAAGCAAAUCUGGAGAUGAAGAUGCAGCAGCCUACGAGGAAGACGAUGAACGAAGAGGAGGUAUUGGCGAGAGUCUAUCACCUUUGAGGCCUCUUCCGCCCUUAUUACCUCUAUCGGAUCCUGGCCCCCGGCUUUUGCCUUCGACACUAGCUCUCCACCGGGCUAAUCACUUACUGAAUUCUCGCAACCUUCAGUCUGACCCGCUUCCCCCUCCCUUACCGCCGUCUUUGCAUCCCCCAGAUCCUGUUGACGUCACUGAGUUUGACAUUGAUUUUAUUUUGUCUGGCUCCCAAACCCAGCUGGGACAGAACUUGGCUGGAGAUGCAUCGGCAGAUGCUGUCGAUGCACAUGGGGUGCCAUUAGCACAAACAUUGAAACUUGGAGGCGAGGAGGAAGAUUCAUUUGCAAAGUUUGUGGGUGAAAAUGAUGACGAAUAUGGGGAUAGAAGAGGAGAAUGGACCUUCAGAGCCUGCCCAACGCCUUCUAAAAAAGGCGCUUCGCAACUUGUACCCAAGGCAGAAUGGGAAUCUCUCGGCGCAGGCAAGUACGAGUUAUUCCACAAUGAUGAAGUGAGAAGCAGUGUCACUGGCAGGGUCUGGAGAGUGAAGAAGCUUGGAGCGAGAGAGUACGAGCUUGAAGAAGUGCGGCCUUCCGGUUUGGUAGUGCCAAAUAAAACGGAGAAGGCAGAGAGAUUGACCUUGGCUGGCAAAGCUGUACACCGAGAUCAAGGCGGCGUAAAGUUGCCGUCCUUCAAUGUGAAUGCUUUCUUCCCUCCAUUUGUCAACCCCACGUCUCGUUCGCCCGCGGCGAUGCAUAGAAACGGUCCGGCUGGGAAGCUCCGUGCUAGCAUGUCGGAAGGAUUUCCUGCUUCUGGCAAGUCGAAAUCUCCCCUCAUGCCGACAGGAUAUUCGGAAGGUGAAGACUUCACCAACACGACGAAUUCACUUUCUCAAUCAAUGCCUUUCACCAGUGCUAUGUCCGUUCUUAAGGCGAAAAAGAAAGAUGAACGAAGCAGAGAAGUAAAGGAUGACGUCUUUGCUGUUGGGGUUAGCACUUCAGGAAAAAAGCUCUUGCGGGAUGGAAAUAAGGAAAGCGAAGGGGAAAAGAAGGAUCGUUCCAUCGGUGGCGUGCUAAAGCGGGGAUUGUCUAACCUCAAGAACUCUGGCCUCGUGGGAACCAGCUCUUCAGAGGAAAGAAGGUUGGCCCGUGAAGAGAGGGAAAGGGAGAGAGUGCAGGCACAUUCCUGGAACGGUUCGAGCUCCCCCAAUGGUUACCAGAGUUGGAACCCUCACUCGCAGUAUGCACUAGAGGCCAUCAAAGAUUACCAUCCAACCCAUCCAAGGCUAAUGAAGGGGGACGAGAUGAAGGGUCUUUGGCAGGAGGAGCGACGGGUAAUCAAGUGGAUUGAAGGAAACGCAUGGGGUGGCGUACCGGAAGACGCGGUCGCCAUGAUAAUACCCCUAGAAGGAGAUAAUUCCGCCCCAGACACUCCUUUCUCACCUACACCUCCCUCUCCAUCUUCCGAAACUGCAAAAGAUCUGAACGCAUUACUCAAAUCGUAUGACAACACUGUCAUACCUCACCCUUUCUUCUCAUCUGGAACCAAGCGCGCCCUGCUUGUCUGGUAUGUCCCUUUCAACUCGGAUUUGGACGGCGAAUCUCGCCCAUCCACAGCAUUCCAGAGUUCCAAUAGUAUUUCAUCCACGAAUAGUAAUGCGUCUGCCAACGAUUCUUCGCCACCUGGGUCGUUGCCAAAAUUUCAAAAAUUGCUGAGGAAACGGGCUAGCAAGGACAAAGAAACAAUGAAGCGCGAAUUGGCUCAGGGUUCAAAUUGGGCCCGACCGACUGAUGAAGUGAGGCCUCUAAAAAGACAUGUAUCAUCGACGCAGGCUUUGCCUUUUAGGAGCUUCAGGGUGGUGGCGAGGGUCGUGGAUUGUAAAGAGCUGAAGUCAAAGCUGGAAGGACGUGAGGAUGAUGAGCAAAGAGUAAACGGAGGUGGAAUUGAGUGGUCAAAGGGUGGCAACGUUUUUGCAGAGUCAUCGGCCGUAGAUCAUCCCUCGACGACCUCAGCCACCGACCCUGCUAUCCCGCCUUUCCUUCGUGAAAGUUUUUCUACCGAUAAUAGCUCUCGUCCUCUCACUGGCAGAAACUUUCCGACUGUGAUCGCUGUCUGUCAUUCUCGUUCUCAAGGUGUCGAAUUUGUCCUCGAAGGUCUUGAUCGCUUAGGAUUGUGUAAGGGAGAAUCUGCUUGGGGUCCGACCGGGUAUGAAGAAUGGCGAGGUACGGGACUGAGCGAGCACGGGAGGAAAAUGUUAGAUUUGCUUUGGGCGGGCUGCACAGGAGUGAUGGGCUUGAUCGGAGUGUAAGAAAAAAAAGCCAGAGCAGGUGUAACAUAUCGUGGGAAACAAGUUCAUGGUAUUAUUGUUAUUCUUCAGCAGAUAGAUACCAGGAGGCAUUUUGCUAGUCCAUUUACAUAAUGAUUGUACCAUUAUAUCAUGCAUGUUAGCGACAGGUCAUCUGUUGUACC